AUGUAUCGACGCAGCGAUCCUCGCUUCCGCCGUACCAUCAAUGAGAUCUCUCAGACCAUCGAGAGCGCCAACGAGUCCGCCCAGGCCAACAUCUUUACCUUUUCUCACAGAUAUCUUGGUCCUUGUUUCUCAUCCAUUGGAUCCUGUCUCCAAUCCACUUGCUCCUCCUUUCCAUGCUGUGACGGUCGCCCACAUCGGAAUCGCGCCCGCACGCGCACUCGCCCCGAGUUGAGCUUCGACUUCUAUGAUGACUGGGACGAUGACGAAACCGCUGGCCUGCUAGCAUGGGACAAUGGUGAUUUUGAUACACUACAAGCUGGAGGAUAUGGCGCUGGUACCGUCUCUGACCAACCCGCCCGCGAGCGUGCCAUGAGCUAUGGUGCCCGACGAGACAAAUACGGCCGUCGCAAGAGCCAGCCGAGGGACGACCCCGAUUCUGACUCUACCCUCAUCCCUGCCUCGUCUUAUUUUGGCUUCCUCGGCAGGUUCUCUAGUAGACUCACUGGAGCCAAGACUCUACGAUACAAACCUUCGGCUGCCGAUUUGCAAGAGCAUCCCGGCGCCUCAAGAAACAUGCCUCGACUUGCCGAGGAGGACGACGAUUUUUCUCCUAGAAAGAGAAGUAACACCGCCGGAAGCAACGGUACCGCCGACUCUUUCAGCUCAAGGGGCGAUCUCUUUCCGAGCGAAGACGAAGACGACGCUCACGAGCUUGACGAUGAAUUUGCUAUGGUUCUCGAGCGUCGCACUACAGGCGCUGGCUUAGAAGAUGUAGACAAUAAUGGCAAAGCUCGCCGUCCGGGAAAACGCCCAAGCACUGGUUCUAGAUUAUCGACGCGGACCAUGUCGAGCAGAAGCACACGCAGCUCAAAACGGCGGUCUCGUGCAGCUAGUAUCUCACCAUCGCGAGAAGCCGCCACAGAAACCAAGCCUAUACCAUCGCUGGCAGAACUCAAGCAGGAGGAAGACAAGGUACGAGAAGAGGAAGAAGCUGCCAUCGCUAGUAAAAGAGUUGCUGCACGAGGUCUCGCAUUGAAGCGCGGACUGAGCGUGAGUGGAUCAUCACCUGCGGCUUCUGUCUCACCGUCCGGAGAAUCAAAACCGGCAGUGAGUCCCGAUGUCACCCAGGAUGUGCGCAGUGACAAGGAUUUGGAGCAGAAAUUGCCUUUAACCUCUCGACCACUCGAGAACGACAAGGUAACAAGUAGCGACACGGUUCCGUUCCCAAGCUUUAACCCGGAGGAGAUGGCAGCGCCAGAGGACGAACCCGAAUUCGUCCCAGCCCAAUUACCACGGUUCACGGGCUCAUGA